CGGAAGUCAGGUUGAAGGCGUCUUGUUAUGUUUCCAUAACUCCCGUACGUGUAAGUCUUUAAAACGUUUUUAUGGUGUUUCACGGUUGUCAUGCCGCGUUACUGCGCCGUCAAAGUGUGCAGGAACCGCGGUGGGUCUGCGUCGAGGCGAGACAACAAGAGAAUCAGCUUCUACCCUUUCCCAUUGCUAGACAAACCGAGACUCCAGAUAUGGGUGGACAACAUCGGGAGGGAGGACUGGACCCCGAGUCCACAUCAGUACCUGUGCAGUGAACAUUUCACCACCAAUUGCUUCGAUAUCCGCUGGGGGAUCCGCUACCUGAAGAACACCGCCAUCCCCACCGUUUUCCCCUCUGAGGGAAAUGGUAUCGCCAAAAGAAGCUCAGAGGCGUUUGACAGCGACUCCACCGGCUCCGACAGGAAGAGGCCGCUUACGCAAUCGGGCUCCGCAAAUCACACACAAAAGACGGAACUCAAUCAGGAGCGACAGCUGAUCCCCGACAUCCACCCCGCAACCCAUGAGCUGGAUUUAGACGCCAAACCUGCCGCGAGUCGCUCAUGGGGAGAGGAAGAGCGCGUGACUAUUUACGAACACACUUACUGCAGACAGGAGGACGCUGCCAGGCAUCAGCUGCGGAGUCAAAUCCUGAGCCUGCGUGCCAACAUCUUGGAGCUGGAUCGCAGGGAGAAGAACACUGUGGGGAAAAUCCAGGCUUUGGAGGCGGAGGUGGCCCUCCUCAAGAAGAUGUUUCCAAAGAGAAGGAGUUAGACCAGGGAUGUCAAACUGGUUUUCAUUGAGGGCCACGUCGCAGUUAUGGCUGCCAUCAGAGGGCCGCUUGUAACAGCGAAUAAUGUACACAUUUUCCUCUGGAUUUCAUUAUUAAUUAUAUAUAUUAAUGUAUAUAUAUAUAUAUAUA